CUCCAAAGAGGGAGGUUGUUAUUGCGUCUCCUCUUAGCAACUUCGCGUUGUCCCGCCAUAACUCUCUUCUAACGUUUCUUAAUUACGCGUACUUUAUAAUUUCAUUAUUAAAGAAAUGAUAUGUACGAUGAUGUCGUGGCAUCGUUAAAAAUAUAUUCGCUAUGUAAACGAAAGGAUUUAUUCGCGUUAACGGUGAACAAAGUUUGUGGUGUUUCGAUGGAACCAAUGUGACGACAAACUUUACGUCCCUUUGUUAUAUUUAGUUGUGCCCGUACUAUUUCCUAAGUUAUUAUUCGACGAACGUGAAGAGGAAAAAUAAGGAAUAUAAAGAAAUAUUAGACGAAUUUAAGAACGGCAUUUAACACGGCAUUUGUGUUACUUAAUAUGGCGGCAAGGAGGAUCGGCGGGAAACGGAAGUAAUCGGUGGGAACAUGAUGCGAAUGAACGAGCAUACAUCGAAGAUCGUUCAAAGGUUUUUUUUUUUUUUUUAUAGAAAAGAGAGAUAAAAAUAUCGUCGUUUCUAAGAGAAACUUGAGCGACAGUGAACCAUUUUUGUUUUUAUGCUUACCUCUGGGAGAACUCGAGGACAAUAAAAGGAAAGUGGCUUUACAAGGAAGAAACACGAAAAGACAUCGAAUCAGCCAAAAGAGUAAGAAAGAAAGAGAGAGAGAGAGAGAGAUAGAGAAGGAAGGAAGGAGAGAAGCGGAGGAAGAAUUCCUUUGUCCUCCGAGGCAGUACCGAAGGCGUUCAAGAGAAAGGAAGACAGAGUGAAAGAGGGGAUACGAAACGAGCACGCGGUUGAGUUUUCAUCUCUCUCUCUUCUCUCGUGUAUAUAUAUAUAUAUAUAUACACACAUACCUGUGCGCCAUUGGUAAAAGAUUCCGUGCCUCGAAGCUAAAAAGAGAGGAGAAACAGAGGUCGUAGAAGAGAAUGAUAGACGGACAUGCGCGUUUUUAAUAUAUACUCGUUUAGUGUUCGUUAGAACGUUUUAUAUUGCGAAUGCCGAGAUAUUGCGUGUCAUUCAAAUUUAAUUCUUUAUCUCCAAACUACAAAGUGAUAUCUUGCUUAAGUUUAUUUCUCGUUUGGAUACUCGUGAAUUCGUUCUAAAUGGAUCGGUGAGAGAGAGAGAGGAAGAGAGAGAGAGAGAGAGAGAGAGAGAGAUCUGUUUCAUUUAGUUUCGUAAUUUGUCAAAAAAAAAAAAAAAAAAAAAAAAAAAAAAAGAAAAAAAAGAAAAUUGUUCUCCGAUCAAUUCGAGUGCUAAAAGAUUUCAGGUGAUACAUUUUAUUACUUAAAAUUUCUAUAUACGAAGUAAAAGAGGGAGAAUAGAAAAAUCUGUGAAAGUUCAUUUGGAAGAAUGCAGAGACGAAGGUUACCGGAUACGAUGGCGUUGCUGGUGAGGGCAGCUGUUUUAGCAGCUGUCCUGGGACAAUUUCUGCCUAGCGGUUUGGCCAGCAGAUUGUUAGCUGCUGCUCAUCCUGGACAUGCUUAUUUCGAACAACCUUGCUGUGGUCGAUCUCACCUGAGGCAUCACAAAGAACACGUACGAGAAUUCAGCUGUGGUAUGCUCUACUACAGAACACUCUAUCUGGAUAGUAAAAGGGAUGCUCUUUACGUUGGCGCGAUGGACAAAAUCUUCAGAUUGAAUCUAAGCAAUAUCAGCCACUCGAAUUGCGAGAGGGAUGCUCUAAAUCUGGAACCAAGUAAUGUCGCUAAUUGUGUUUCAAAGGGUAAAUCCGAGCAUUUCGACUGUCGUAACCACAUAAGAGUGAUACAACCAAUGGGAGAUGGCAAUCGACUCUACAUGUGCGGCACAAACGCACACUCUCCAAAGGAUUGGGUGAUUUAUAGCAAUCUAACGCAUUUACCACGACACGAGUUCGUUCCCGGCGUUGGGAUGGGUAUAGCAAAGUGUCCUUACGAUCCUGCUGAUAAUUCGACGGCAGUGUGGGUAGAAAAGGGCAAUCCUGGUGAUUUGCCGGCCCUUUAUUCCGGCACAAACGCCGAAUUUACGAAAGCCGACACAGUCAUCUUUCGUACGGAUCUUUACAAUUUGACGACCGGCCGAAAAGCUUUUAGCUUCAAGAGGACCCUCAAGUAUGACUCCAAAUGGCUCGAUAAACCAAACUUCGUUGGAUCGUACGACAUUGGUAGUUACGUGUUCUUCUUUUUCCGCGAGACCGCGGUUGAGUACAUAAAUUGCGGUAAAAGUGUAUACUCUCGCGUGGCCAGGGUUUGCAAGAGAGACACCGGUGGUAAAAAGAUACUGUCUCAGAAUUGGGUGACGUAUCUGAAAGCCAGACUGAAUUGCUCGAUACCCGGUGAAUUUCCCUUCUACUUCAACGAAAUACAGAGCAUUUACAAAGUGCCAGGCGACGACACACACUUUUAUGGAACUUUUACAACUUCGACAAACGGAUUGAUGGGUUCAGCAAUCUGUUCCUUCCACAUCGACUCGAUCCAAGAAGCUUUCCGUGGGAAAUUUAAAGAACAAGCAACGAGUAGCAGUGCAUGGUUGCCUGUACUAUCAAAUAAAGUACCAGAACCACGUCCGGGACAGUGUGUGAACGACACAGAAUCUUUACCGGAUACCGUCCUCAAUUUUAUAAGAUCUCAUCCAUUGAUGGACUCUGCGAUCUCGCACGAGAACGAGAAGCCGGUCUUUUACAAACGUGACGUCAUGCUCACACGACUCGUUGUCGAUAAACUUCGUAUCGACUUUGUCGGCAUUGAUUUGGAUUACACGGUCUACUACGCUGGAUCCAGUGAUGGCCGCGUUCAUAAGGUCGUCCAAUGGAUCGACAACAACGGCGAGUCUCAGUCGAUCCUCUUGGACGUGUUUGACGUCACGCCUGGAGAACCGAUUCAGGCGAUGGAAAUUUCUAAGGAGCACAAGGCACUCUACGUCGCAUCGGAUCAUCGAAUAAAGCAGAUCGAUCUUGUAAUGUGUACACGCCGAUACGACAACUGCUUGCGCUGCGUUCACGAUCCCUAUUGCGGUUGGGACAAAGACAGCAAUACCUGCAAGCCAUACGAGCCAGGAUUACUCCAAGAUGUAUCGAAUAGCACGGCAGACGUAUGCGAUAGUAGCGUGGGUAAACGAAAGCUCGUGGUGACGUGGGGUCAAUCGGUUCAUCUCGGUUGUUUCGUGAAAAUGCCAGAGGUUUUAGCAAAUCAGGAGGUCAGAUGGUAUCACUACAGUAAAGAAAAGGGCCGAUAUCAGAUAGCUUACAAAUACGGUGUCGGUGGUGACAAGUUCAUUGAAACUUCGGAAAAAGGAUUGGUUAUCGUUGGCGUGAACGAACAGGAUGCCGGCAGAUACGAUUGCUGGCUCGGUGGUGCACUUCUUUGCUCUUACAAUAUUACCGUGGACGCUCACAGAUGUUCAGCACCGGCUAAGUCUAAUGAUUAUCAAAAGAUUUAUUCGAAUUGGUGUCACGAAUUCGAAAAAUACAAAUCUGCGAUGAAGAGUUGGGAACGGAGACAAGCGCAAUGCGUUUCGUGCCAGAACGAUAGCAAUCAGAAUCUCCAUACGAACGAAGUAUAUGGCACUCCCUUGGUCUGAUAGAACCGUUCGUUGGAACACACAUCGAGCCAAGAUUACGAAUAUCAGAGCGCUCUGACGAUGACACGAGAGGGUCGCGUUGGUCCAGCGACGAACACGGGGACGAGAGGUAGUGGCAGCACCAACACCAACAACACCAGCAUCCGUAGUAUCGCUCUUAGCUUGCUACUGAUUCUCGGAAAUCUUCGAUUUCUCGAGUUCCUUAGUCCGAACGAAGAUACUCGGUUAUCGAACGAUUAAAAUCCGAAACGCAAUAAAAAGAGAAAAGGGAGGGAGAGUAAAGAGGGAGAAAGAGAGAAAGAAAGAGAGAGAGAGAGAG